CCCGUGGUUGACGCGAGCUGUGUCUCCAGCCAUUCCCAUCUACAAUGGCAUCAUCUUCCUCUUUGUCCUGGCCAACUUCAGCAUGGCCACCUUCAUGGACCCUGGUGUCUUCCCCCGAGCGGAUGAGGAUGAGGACAAGGAGGAUGAUUUCCGGGCCCCACUGUACAAGAACGUGGACGUGCGAGGCAUCCAGGUCCGCAUGAAGUGGUGCGCCACGUGCCACUUUUACCGUCCGCCACGCUGCUCCCACUGCAGCGUCUGUGACAACUGCGUAGAGGACUUUGACCACCACUGCCCCUGGGUCAACAACUGCAUCGGGCGCCGCAACUACCGCUACUUCUUCCUGUUCCUGCUGUCACUCAGCGCGCACAUGGUGGGCGUGGUAGCCUUCGGCCUGGUCUAUGUGCUGAACCACGCCGAGGGGCUGGGAGCCGCGCACACUACCAUCACCAUGGCUGUCAUGUGUGUGGCUGGCCUCUUCUUCAUCCCAGUCAUCGGCCUCACUGGCUUCCAUGUGGUGCUGGUCACUCGGGGACGCACCACCAAUGAGCAGGUGACUGGAAAGUUCCGUGGGGGCGUGAACCCCUUCACACGAGGCUGCUGUGGGAAUGUGGAACACGUGCUGUGCAGUCCCUUGGCGCCCCGGUACGUGGUGGAGCCGCCCCGGCUUCCGCUGGCUGUGAGCCUGAAGCCACCCUUCCUUCGGCCGGAGCUCCUGGAGCGAGCUGCACCACUCAAAGUCAAGCUUAGUGACAACGGGCUGAAGGCUGGUCUGGGCCGCAGCAAGUCCAAGGGUAGCCUGGACCGGCUGGAUGAGAAGCCGCUGGACCUGGGUCCACCACUGCCACCCAAAAUAGAGGCUGGCACAUUUGGCAGUGACCUGCAGACCCCGCGCCCGGGCAGUGCUGAGAGUGCCCUGUCGGUGCAGAGGACCAGCCCCCCAACACCUGCUAUGUACAAGUUCCGGCCAGCCUUCCCUGCGGGUCCCAAGACACCCUUCUGUGGCCCAGGAGAGCAGGUCCAGGGCCCUGACUCCCUGACCCUGGGGGACGACAGCAUCCACAGCCUGGACUUUGCAUCCGAGCCUAGCCUGGACCUCCCUGACUACAGGCCCAGCGGCCUGCAUGCGGCUCACCCGCCAUCCCCACCGCUCAGCACAUCUGAUGCCUUCUCGGGUGCAUUGCGCUCCCUGAGCCUCAAGGCUGCGGGCCGGCGGGGUGGUGACCACGUGGCCCUGCAGCCCCUACGUUCUGAGGGAGGGCCCCCCACACCCCAUCGUGGCAUCUUCACCCCCCACGCGCUGCCCAACCGCAACGGCAGCCUGUCCUACGACAGCCUGCUCAACCCUGGCUCACCCGGCAGCCAUGCCUGCCCGGCCCACCCGUUGGGCGGCAUAGCCAGCUAUCGCUCACCCUACCUGCAUCCUGGGGCAGCAGGAGACCCGCCGCGGCCCCCACCCCGCAGCUUCAGCCCUGUGCUGGGCCCCCGGCCACGGGAGCCCUCGCCCGUGCGCUAUGACAACCUGUCCAGGACCAUCAUGGCAUCCAUCCAGGAGCGCAGGGACAGGGAGGAGCGUGAGCGGCUACUGCGCUCGCAGGCCGACUCACUCUUUGGCGACUCAGGCGUGUAUGACGCGCCUAGCUCCUGCAGCCUCCAGCAGGCCAACACGCUGUCUGAGGGCCCUCGAGGCCCUGUGCUGCGCUAUGGCUCCAGAGACGACCUUGUGGCCGGGCCUGGCUUUGGCGGCGCCCGCAACCCCGCCCUGCAGACGUCGCUGUCCUCACUGUCCAGUUCUGUGAGCCGAGCGCCGCGGACGUCAUCGUCCUCCCUACAAGCUGACCAGGCUGGUGGCAGUGCCCCAGGGGCCCGACCCGGCAGUGGCUCACAUAGAUCCCCCGUGCGCCAGGCUCUGCCCUCUCCCCCUGGCACACCCUGCUCACCACCCUACACUGGCUCCAAAGCUGUCGCCUUCAUCCACACGGACCUCCCGGAGCCACCAGCCUCACUGGCUGUGCAGAGGGGGCGGAUUGGCACCUGCAGCGGUGGAUGGGGGUGGCGUGGCCAGCCCAGGGUGCCCCCUGGGCUGCAUCUGUGCCACCUUGGCCACCUCGAGGACCGCCCGCGGCUGCGGGCCCCCUGGAGCCCAUCCGCCGGGGCUCCCCCUCGCGGGGCCAUGUGCCGCCUGCAUCUGGCUGCAUCCAGCCUUUUCCCCAGCCUCUCUGGACCCUAGCAGGAUGCCAAGUGGGUGGCUCCUGGGGCUGGGAUGGCCCAGCGGGGGCACUCAGGAGACCCGGCUGCCGUGGACCUAGAGUGGGACAGGGUGUGGGCAGAGGGUCUCCUCUCCACCAGCUGCAUCUCAACUCCCAGUCUGCCAGGGCCUGUGAUCCCGUGACCUCAGGAAGUCCCCCACUUGCUGCAGGGGGCCCGGCACCCCAUGGGGGUCGGCCCAGGACCAGCACACCCUUUGCCCAGUCUCCCUGCCCAACCAAGCACUUUAGACUAAGCCACUUCCUCCCCAUGGAGCCCAGGCCUCUGUGGGUUGGGCUGGGGGGGGUCUCAGGUUGCCCCACAGCUCUCUGCACUCCCCCUGCCCCACUCCCAGUACAUGAACAGAUGCCUUAACUUCCUGGAGCUGCCAGCCUGGUGAGCCGUCCCACCCCUUGCCUGCCACCCAGCUCUGUGGCCGGCUCUGCCCAGGCUCACCUGGGGCAUCCUACCUGGAGAUGCCACACCUGGGAGCUCAGAGAGCCUGCAGCCCAGGCCCCACAUCCCUGAGCAGCUGGGCCUGGAUGUCCCAGGCAGCCCUUCUCCUGUGUAGGGCCCCCGUCCGCCCUGAGCGGUGGCUCUGUUUCUCCCCUUUUGGGGUGAGAGUCACCAAGCAUUCUCUGUUGUUCUGAAGGGCACCCCCAAUUGCAUUCCCCUAAUAAAACUUUUGGUGUUUACCUCCACA